AUGUGCCCUGCUGAACUACUCCUUGCUGUGCCAGCCAGCAUGGGCAGGGUGGCAAAAUGUGUUAAGGUUGGCCCGCGAUAUCUUAAGUUGGUUCGCCACAUUGACAUCUCCAUGGCCGAUGCCCAACAUGGAGUGCCGUUGUUGAAGCACAUCGCGGAGGAGCAUGGCAACUGCCAUAUCAUGAUGCUUCCCGUUCAAACCCUUGCAGGAGCACUGCUGGAUGUGAGAGUCGCAAAGGGAAUCCGGGACAGGGUUAUCUUUACAGGUUUCCCCCCUGACUAUGGUGAGCCAGUGUAUGUUCAAAGAAAGAACGACUAUCAUGCGCUGAGGUUUGGGGACUUGCAACACCUGGAGGUGCGCCUGAGGCAAAAAAGACACAUCCAUGCGCAGUUUGUGGCAGACGGUUCGCGUCCCUGGCAGCCACUACCUUAA